GCAGUGGAACACAGUGAGGAGAUCUUCACUGAAUUGAUCCAUCUCCUGAAGAAAAGCUGCUCUGAUGUGAAGCAGCAGAUCAGAUCCCAGCAGGAAACUGAAGUGAGUCGAGUCAAAGAGCUUCAGCAGAAGCUGGAGCAGGAGAUCACUGAGCUGAAGAGGAAAGACGCUGGUCUGGAGCAGCUCUCACACACAGAGGAUCCCACCCAGUUUCUACUCAACUACCCCUCAGUGUCAGCACUCAGUCAGUCUACACACUCAUCCAGCAUCAACAUCCGUCCUCUGAGAUACUUUGAGGAUGUGACAGCAGCUGUGUCAGAGGUCAGAGACAAACUACAGGACGUCCUGAGGGAGACAUGGACAAACGUCUCACUGACACUGACUGAAGUGGAUGUUUUACAAGCCCAGCCAGUCUACAUCGAUGUUCCAAUUUCCUACAGACGGAAAAGACGCAGACAUCACUCCUAUGUUAGUGACGUCGACGGUAACACACAAGACACACACUAUGACCACCGCACACACCGUGAGCACUCGCUCCAGGGAUAUUACCACAACAGGGAGGAGCACUGCGAUGACAACGACGGGAGUACAGAGCGUCAUGAGUACGCCGACCCCACAGGUUAG